CGACCCGAACCUUUCUUUUGGUUCUUUGCCCAGCGCCCUCGCCCUCUCCGUCCUCCUCUGGAUUCCUUUCUUGCCUCGCACUUCCCCGAGUUUCCCCAGAAGAAGCUGACGCCCAAAUCCGGCUGUCGGGGUUCGUUAAUCCGCCGGUAAUAAUGCUGCAGGAGUUCGUCGACAACGUCAUAGCUGUCAUCAAGGAGUCUGUGAAGACAUUCACAUAUGAGACAUUAAACAAUGUUGCGAGAUUGAUAAAUGGAAUAUCAGCACUCUUAUUGACCCUGUUACCGGGAAAAGCCAAUAUCUUAGAAGGCAUCAGUGGCUGGGAACUUAGGCCAGCAUUUCGUGGGCCACGUCUUCCCCGUUGGAUGGAAAGUGGGGUCUCUUCAUUUAAUGAGUUCAUUCACGAACUUUCGGUCGAUUCUGAUUCUGAAUCAAUUGCUGACUCUAUUCCCGGGGAUGAUGAAAAUGAAGAAUUUGUCUGCCCUCCAUCUCCAAUGUCCCAAAGUUCACGAUUAUCACACACAAGCAGCUUUGGUAGACGUGAUCGUAGAUUGAGAAGGCCGAUCAAAUAUGCAGUUUCCUGGAUUAUUUGGCCUGUGAAGUUUGUCCUUUCUUUGCUGCUCAUCUUGUUCAAUGCGGUCAUGUUUCGGAUAUCAAGGACAUCUGCUAAAAGCCCAGAAAGUCCUUAUCUAGCAAGGAACAUAUCUGCCAAAAAACCAAUUCACAUGAAGGAUCAAGUCCUACAACGCACGACUGAUAGGAGGCGUGGAGUUUUUGAGGAUGUCCACCUGGCAAUUGAGAUUUUCAUUGAAUCUGUUUUUGACGUUGUGCACAAAGGAGCACAUUAUGUUCUUUCUCCUUCUGAGGUCUGGCAGAAGUUAUUUUGCUGGAUUCGUGGCCACAGAAAUUCUGAUGUUGAUGUACAAACUGCUAAGAUUGGCAGUGAUAAUCCAGUUCCAACUGAAAGGAAGACUGUAUAUCGGCAUGCAUUGAAUACAGAUUCUCGGACAUGUGAGGAUGUUAUUACUGAACUUGGGUAUCCUUUUGAGGCUAUAAAGGUAGUUACUUCAGACGGAUAUGUUCUGCUACUGGAGAGAAUCCCCAGGCGUGAUUCACGGAAGGUUGUGCUGCUGCAACAUGGAGUACUGGACUCGUCUAUGGGAUGGGUGUCAAAUGGUGUUGUUGGCUCACCUGCAUUUGCAGCUUAUGAUCAAGGUUAUGAUGUUUUUCUAGGAAAUCUCCGCGGUUUGGUUUCAAGGGAGCAUAUAGAUAAAAAUCUUUCUUCCUCCAAGUACUGGAAAUAUUCUGUUAAUGAGCAUGGAAUGAAAGAUAUGCCGGCAAUUAUUGAGGAAAUUCACAAGAUUAAAACUUCAGAACUUGGUAAAAGUCAGCAUCACGCUCAAGAGGAGACAGAAGAUCAAAAUGAUAACAUAAAGAACUUGGAAAUACAGACUUCACAGGAAGAUGUGAUAGAAGAUCAGCCUUACAAGCUUUGUGCUGUCUGCCACAGCCUGGGUGGUGCAGUUAUGUUAAUGUAUGUGGUGACAUCAAGGAUUGCACAGAAGCCCCACAGGCUGUCGAGACUGGUGUUGCUUUCUCCUGCAGGUUUUCACGAGGAUUCCAAUGUGGUGUUCAGUAUAGUGGAGAAGAUCAUCCUGUUUGUUGGUCCAAUACUUGCUCCACUUAUACCUGGGCUGUACAUACCAACUCGAUUUUUCAGGAUGCUUCUGAACAAAUUAGCUAGGGACUUCCACAACUAUCCUGCUUUGGGCGGUCUUGUCCAAACCCUUAUGGGGUAUGUUGUCGGUGGUGACAGUUCAAAUUGGGUCGGAGUACUUGGGUUGCCUCACUACAAUAUGGAUGACAUGCCCGGUGUAUCAUUUCAUGUUGUUCUUCACCUUGCACAGAUAAAGAGGACAAAAAGGUUCCAAAUGUAUGACUACGGAAGUGCUGCAGCAAACAUGGAAGCGUAUGGUACACCAGAACCUCUGGACCUGGGAGCUCACUAUGGUCUCAUUGACAUCCCCAUGGACUUAGUUGCUGGGCAAAGAGAUAGAGUUAUCUCACCAACCAUGGUGAAGAAGCACUACAAGUUAAUGCGAAAAGCUGGUGUUGAGGUCUCCUACAAUGAAUUUGAGUACGCUCAUUUGGAUUUCACGUUCUCACACAGAGAGGAGCUUUUGUCUUAUGUUAUGUCCCGCCUACACUUAGCAGCUGACCCAGGUAAAGGCCGCAUCAAGCAAACCACUGUUCGACUUAGGAGGCAAAAGAAAGUCCAGUCAGAGAUUGAGAGUGAUUGUGGCACGGAGUCUAGAGGCGUAGAUGAAGAGGUACCAGGUGAACCGAAUGCAUGAUGUGGAAUUCUCUGGGCAGGUGUUGCCGUAUGUAGGUUUGUGCAUAGGAGUAUACAACACACGCUGCCCUCUGCAUACUUCUACCCCAUGUAGAAGAAAGAUUCGAGGAGGGAUAGUAAGGAGUAGUACCAUAGUGAUGUCGAUGGGGAUCUGUUUUUUUUUAUCCUUGUCGGAAACAAGACUGGUAUAUGUAUACAUGCUGUCAUGCUGUUUAUGCUUUGAAAAACAAUGACGUUUGAACAUGAUAAGCCAAAAACAGACCGAGUUCCAGGUUCACAACUUCGACUCGGCAGUUUUAAAGAGAAAACAGGAUUAGCAGCUCGAA